UUUCCCAAAAUAGCGUGUGGGUAGAGGAGAUGGGGCAGGAUUGCCACAUCCAACAUGGCAGGUGGGCUGACAUAUUGGGGUUACGAGUUAAAAAAGCUCGAGGAGGCGACUUUACACUUCCGGGUGGUGUCAGUGGCGGAAGAAACAGGGACCACUAAAACGGAAUAAAUAGCACUAAAAUACAAAUAAAAGUUUUAAAAAAAUACCAUGUAGGUUAUCGUACACCUGUUUUCAACACUUGUAAUUUUCGAACAUUGAAAAAAUGCUUUUGGUUGCUCACUCCUCCUUCUUCCGCCCACUAAGCAACAAGCUUUCUCCUCGGUAGUUUGCUGAACUUUCUCUUACAGGACGCUCGCCUGCGCCUGUCACGGUCAUCCUCCGGCAUUUUUCUCUUUUUCCGUCGGCUGGAAGUCACUCUUUUCUAGGGUUGAGGUUUUGUUUUGGCCCGCGUCGAGCUCCCGAGGGACCAUUCAAGGGCAAAAACCAUCCGGAGGAGGAGGAGGGCUUUCUCGCUUCAAGAAAAGUCAACCAUGGAGGUUCCCGGCAUGCAGAGUUCUCAGAUCGAUCCAGAAGAAUUAUUCACCAAACAGGACCGCAUCGGCAAAGGAUCGUUUGGCGAGGUGUUCAAAGGCAUCGACAACCGCUCGCUCAGCGUGGUGGCCAUCAAGAUCAUCGACCUGGAGGAGGCCGAGGAUGAAAUCGAGGACAUCCAGCAGGAGAUCACCGUGCUGAGCCAGUGCGACAGUCCCUACAUCACCAAGUAUUACGGCUCCUACCUCAAAGGAAGCAAAUUGUGGAUCAUCAUGGAGUACCUCGGUGGCGGUUCUGCACUCGACUUGCUUCGUGCCGGUCCCUUUGAUGAGUCCCAAAUCGCCACCAUGCUGAAGGAGAUCCUGAAGGGUCUGGACUACCUCCACUCUGAGAAGAAGAUCCACAGAGACAUCAAAGCCGCCAACGUGCUCUUGUCGGAGCACGGCCAGGUGAAGCUGGCCGACUUCGGGGUGGCCGGUCAGCUGACGGAUACGCAGAUCAAGCGCGAGACCUUCGUGGGGACGCCGUUCUGGAUGGCGCCCGAAGUCAUCCAGCAGUCUGCGUACGACUUCAAGGCGGACAUUUGGUCGCUGGGCAUCACGGCCAUCGAGCUGGCCAAGGGGGAACCCCCCAAUUCGGAAAUGCACCCCAUGAGGGUGCUCUUCCUCAUCCCCAAGUCGCCUCCCCCGACGCUGACGGGCGACUUCUCCAAGAGCUUCAAAGAGUUCACCGAGGCCUGCCUCAACAAGGACCCCGCCUUUCGUCCCACCGCCAAGGAGUUGCUCAAGCACAAGUUCAUCGUCAAACACUGUAAGAAGACGUCCUACCUGAGCGAGUUGAUCGACAGAUACCGAAGGUGGCGGGAGCAAGGGCACAGCGAUAGCAGCGACAACGACUCAGACGGCGAGUCCAGUGACAAAAGGGACGGCGACUCCCCCGAGUGGAGCUUCACGACGGUGCGCAAGCGCAAGACGGACGAACGGCCGCACAUCAACGGCCAGCUGAGGAGAGAAGGACAAACCGCCGGGAGCCCGUCCUCCAGUCUCGGCACCGUCAUCGCGCCCGUCUUCAGCGAGUUGAAGCAGCAGCACAAGGAGCACUCGGAAAAGCGGUUGGCUAUCGAAGAGCUGGAACAUAACAUCCGACUGACCGAGGACGCCUGUCCCGGUAUCACCGAUCGGAUGGUGACGCACAUCGUUGCCAGGUUCAAUGCCAACUGAGGACAAACGGGAAGUGGACGCGGCGAUGAGAGACUGUGUCUCAACACGGCCACGCUUGCAAACUGGAGAGCUGCUGUGCAAUGUCUCCACACACACACAUUUGACUUCACUGCUGCUGGACAAAAAACUCUCUCCGCUUGUUCUUAAUCCCGCAGCAUGGCUUUACCCUUUGUUGAUUUGUAGACGUAAAAAUUUGCUCGGUAGCACUUGACAUAGAUGAUAUGCCAAUCUUAUUAUUGUUUAGAAUAUUUUGUUGUCGUCAAAUCAACACUUUGAUCCCAACCACGUCGUUCGCCGACCAACCAAACUGGAAUCAACGACAGAGGAAACGCUUGUCAAGUGUUGCUGACAAUUUGAACCAAAGACGAUCCGAACCUUGCUCAUUGUAUAUAUUCUUUUGAUAUGUAUAUCAUAAGGGAUCUUACUUAGCGGGAACCAUCGACACGUUUUUUUUUUUUUUUUGGAGAAAUGUUUUUCUUUUUAGCGGGAUGUAGUUUUAUGAAUAAAUAUUUAAGCUUGAUUAAAAAUACUGUCUACGUCCAUGUUGAUUCAUACACUUAUUUAUUUACAAACGUUUCCCCGCUUAGGAAGAAAAAAAACGUUUUUUUGUUGUUUUUUUUAAAAAACUCUUACAGUAUUCUACAGGGUGACCUUGGUCGCGCCUUUGGUCUCUUUUUUGUUCACCACCAGCUCUUCAUCCUCCUCGUCCAGCUGGAGGCUCCCGGAGGAGAACCUCAUGCGGGCCGCUCCGCCCGGCCGCAGCCGACUUCCGAGUGGAGGCGGCGGGUGGUAAUAUGGAUAGAAAACUUCGGACUCGGACUCGCUGUGGCUCCCCACAGCCCGUUCGGGGAGCGGGGAGGUGUUAAGUGGGAGGAAGAAAAUCGGCACCUGUAGCGAAAGCCGGAGCCUUUGGUGGACAGCAGCGUGGUCUUGCGCACCGCCCUGGGCUCCUCGGCCAGCCGGAAGAAGGCGUGGUACUCCACGCAGGUUUUCCAGAAGGCCUUGCACACGUCACGAGUGGCCAUGCAGAACUCCAGCGUGUCCUUGCGGGAUGGCUGAAAUGCAGUUGAAAUGCACCAAGUAAGCGUGGCACCCACCUCUCAGCCCGCAACCCC